GGCCCAGGAUGUGCCUCUUCACUCUGCAGUUGGUGCCAGAACUCUCCAUCUUUCACGAAAGAAAAUGUCUAUGCAAGUCGAGCACCCUGCUGCUGGUUACAAGAAACUGUUCGAAACCGUGGAGGAGCUGUCCUCGCCACUGACAGCUCACGUCACAGGCAGGAUCCCCCUGUGGCUCGCCGGCAGCCUCCUACGAUGCGGGCCAGGGCUCUUUGAAGUUGGAUCCGAGCCAUUUUACCACCUGUUUGAUGGGCAGGCCCUCCUGCACAAGUUCGACUUCAAAGAAGGACACGUCACGUACCACAGAAGGUUCAUUCGCACCGAUGCCUACGUCCGGGCAAUGACCGAGAAAAGGAUUGUUAUCACGGAAUUUGGCACCUGCGCCUUCCCGGAUCCCUGCAGGAAUAUAUUUUCCAGGUUUUUUUCUUACUUCCGAGGAGUGGAGGUUACUGACAAUGCCCUUGUUAACAUCUACCCAGUGGGGGAAGAUUACUACGCCUGCACGGAGACCAACUUCAUCACAAGGAUUAAUCCGGAGACCCUGGAGACGAUUAAGCAGGUCGAUCUUUGCAACUACGUCUCUGUCAAUGGAGCCACUGCUCACCCCCACAUCGAAAGCGAUGGAACUGUUUACAACAUCGGUAACUGCUUUGGGAAAAAUUUUUCGAUUGCCUACAAUAUUGUAAAGAUCCCUCCACUACAGGCAGACAAGGAAGAUCCCAUAAGCAAGUCUGAGGUUGUUGUCCAGUUUCCCUGCAGUGACCGGUUCAAGCCAUCCUAUGUCCACAGUUUCGGUCUGACCCCCAACUACAUCGUUUUUGUGGAGACACCAGUCAAAAUCAACCUGUUCAAGUUCCUUUCCUCCUGGAGUCUUUGGGGAGCCAACUACAUGGAUUGUUUCGAGUCCAAUGAAAGGAUGGGUGUUUGGCUUCAUGUUGCUGACAAAAAAAGGAGGAAGUACAUCAAUAAUAAAUACCGGGCGUCUCCCUUCAACCUCUUCCAUCACAUCAACACCUACGAAGACAGUGGGUUUCUGAUUGUGGAUCUCUGUUGUUGGAAAGGAUUUGAAUUUGUUUAUAAUUACUUAUAUUUAGCCAAUUUACGUGGGAACUGGGAAGAGGUGAAAAAAAGUGCCAGAAAGGCUCCCCAGCCUGAAGUGAGGAGAUAUGUCCUUCCCCUGAGCAUGGACAAGGCUGACACAGGCAAGAAUUUAGUCACGCUCCCCCACACUACAGCCACUGCAGUCCUGUGCAGUGAUGACACCAUCUGGCUGGAGCCCGAGGUUCUCUUCUCAGGGCCUCGCCAAGCUUUUGAGUUUCCUCAGAUCAAUUACCAGAAGUAUGGAGGGAGACCUUACACAUACGCGUACGGACUCGGCUUGAAUCACUUUGUUCCAGACAGGCUCUGUAAAUUGAACGUCAGAACAAAAGAAACUUGGGUGUGGCAAGAGCCCGAUUCCUACCCAUCGGAGCCCAUCUUUGUGUCACACCCAGAUGCCUUGGAAGAGGAUGACGGUGUGAUUCUGAGUGUGGUGGUGAGCCCUGGUCCGGGGCAGAAGCCUGCCUACCUCCUGGUCCUGAAUGCCAAGGACUUGAGUGAAGUCGCCCGGGCUGAAGUGGAGAUCAACAUCCCUGUCACCUUUCACGGACUGUUCAAAAAAUCCUGAGCAUAUUCUUCUAACAAGAUGAGUUUUUGGUGACACACCGAAAACACAGGGUUCAGGUCUACAAUCAAAUUCUGUUCAAUUUCAGCCUGGCCUUAACUUCCAGACGGGCACCAUUUGUCCGUGUUUUACAGACAGCACUGAGUUCAGCAAGCAAUUCCUUAAAAAAAGUCCAUCCUCGGAUGCUCACACUUCCUCUGGAGACUCUGUAUGUGCUUAGCAAUCAAAUAGGAAAGGAAUGUGGACGUACAAACAACUUUUAUUUCUAUUAUAAAAAUCACUUCAGGUACCUAUCUGCUCCAAUUAUUUUUUUAACAUUUAAAAACCAAAGUCCU